AUGGAUUUCCGAGCCGAAAAAUAUCGAAAGAUAUUCGACUUUCCAUAUUUCAACGUGGUGCAAUCAAAGGUGUUUGAUGAUGUUCUUUAUUCAGACAUGCCACUUGUGAUAUGUGCUCCAACUGGGUCUGGAAAAACUGUUCUGUUUGAGCUGGCAAUUAUACGAUUAUUGCUGUGUAAUGCACUCGAAGCUGAUCUUGAGUACAAGAUUGUAUACAUGGCUCCCAUCAAAGCACUAUGUAGCGAGAGACACAAGGACUGGUCGACAAAAUUUGAGUCGUGUGGCCUAAAAUGUACAGAGCUGACUGGAGACACUGACAUGGAUGACUUCCAUGUACUCCAAUACGCACACGUGGUUCUAACAACACCGGAAAAAUGGGACAGCAUGACAAGAAAAUGGAAGGAUCACAAAAGUCUGGUACAAUCAGUGAGGCUCUUUCUUAUCGAUGAGGUACAUCUUCUCAGUGACGAAAGCAGAGGAGCAACAAUGGAGGCUGUAGUAAGCAGAAUGAAGACUGUGCAGAGCUCAAUAACAAAAGAGAAGGCUAAAAAUGAAAAAAUGCAGGCGAUGAGGAUCAUUGCUGUAUCGGCAACAAUUCCGAAUGUUGAAGAUGUAGGUCAACAGCAUAUCAUUUCCAUUCUGGAAUUUUAUAGAAACCCUUAUAACCAUUUUUGCAAUCAUUUUUACAGCAUGGGUGAUGAAUACAGGCCGGUUACUUUAAGAAGAGUUGUCCUUGGCUACCCUUGUUCUGAGAACAUGUCAGAUUUUAAAUUCGAUUUAUCUCUUAACUACAAGCUGAGUGGUAUAAUUCAAACAUACUCGGAUUGCAAGCCAACAUUGGUUUUUUGUUCAACGAGAAAAGGAGUAGCCCAGGCUGCAGCAACACUGUCGAAAGAGGCAAGAUUCAUUAUGGACUCACAACACAAAUCAAGGCUUAUGAAAUAUUCAAAUACCAUACACGACGCAAAGUUACGGGAUAUUAUCCUUUUCGGAGUUGGCUACCAUCACGCUGGUAUGGAUAUCUCCGACAGAAAAAGCAUAGAAUCAAUGUUUGUCCGAGGAGAGCUUCCGGUACUUUUUUGCACAAGCACAUUGGCAAUGGGAGUAAAUUUGCCAGCCCAUUUGGUUGUAAUCAAGUCAACUAUGCACUACGUCGUUGGGAUGUACGAGGAGUACACUGAGUCACAAGUCUUGCAAAUGAUUGGUAGAGCUGGCAGGCCACAGUUUGACACAAGUGCCACAGCCGUCAUAAUGACAAAAUCAAGCAACAAGCAAAAAUACCAAGCCCUUGUCAACGGUGCUCAGACCAUCGAAAGCAGUUUACAUCGCCAUCUUAUUGAGCAUAUAAAUGCAGAGAUUUUUCUUGGAACAAUACCGACCACGAAAAUGGCCGAAGAAUGGUUGAAGUCGACUUUUUUGUACAAGCGCAUGCAGAAGAACCCAAGUCACUAUACUAUGGGCCUACGGGCACUGAGGUCACUUCAAAGUCUCAACCUUCUUGAGAUAAAGGAAGACGGCAGUCUCAUACCAACAGGUACAGGAAAGCUUAUGGCAAGGUAUUGCAUUGCUUUCAACACAGUCAAAAGUUUUUCUGAGGUAAAAGGAUCCGAGAGCAUGGAAGAAUUGGUUGAGAUUCUUUCAAAAUCGAAGGAAUUUGAGGACAUAACUUUGAGGGUCAGCGAGAAGAAGGUGCUGAACACGCUAAACAAAGACAAACACAGAGUGACUAUCAGAUUUCCAAUGAAAAACAAGAUUAAAACAACCGACCAAAAAAUUAACUGCUUGAUUCAAGCUGUUCUUGGUUGUUUAACAGUCAGUGAAUUCUCACUGAUGCAAGAUAUUGCAAAAAUUUUUAGAUCUGGGCAGAGAGUGUCACGCUUCCUUUCAGAAUACCUGUUGAUGAAGGGAGCUCACAAAGCAGCAAUGAAUGCAGUGAUUUUAAACAAAUGCAUCAGAGCCAGGUUGUGGGAGAACUCAAAAUUUGUAUCAAGGCAACUGGAUAAAAUAGGGGCUACUAUGUCAACAGCCUUAGUGCAUGCAGGCCUUACUACAUUGGAGAAAAUGGAGAACAUAAACCCUAGAGAACUGGAAAUGAUCGUUGGGAGGCAUCCACCAUUUGGCAGUCAGGUAAAAGACGCAUUGGCAGCCCUUCCAAAAUACGAUAUAGCUAUCGACCAGGUAUGCUCUCAUGUUACACAGGACGAGAACUACCAGAAGGACAAAGCAGAGCUAUACAUAAAGCUGACAAUGUUAAAUGCGGAGACACGUUCGAAGCACACCAAAACAAAGAAAACACAGUUCCAUCACAGCUCAUUGUUUCUAAUCGCUGAUGCCUCAAAUGCCAUAAUUUUCAAACAAAGAUUGAUGGAUUCAAUGUUCUUCAAGGAAGGCAGUUGGUCAAAACAUAUAACAAUCAAGCGAACACAUAGAAGCGCAGAAUUGACUGCAAAUCUUAUAAGCUCUGACUACGUUGGCGUCGACUUGCAGCUCUCCUUUACACCAAACUACCUGCCUGGCUUCCCAACCUAUUUCCCGAAAGAAAACACGAUGCGAGAUGAAAACAAAACGCCCUCAAAAUGCUUGGAAAACAAAGAAAAUGCGGCUGCUGAUUCAAAAACUAAAAGAAGGAAAAGUUGCACACACAAAUGCCUCAACAAAGACUGAUAUCCUUUU